AUGAUUCCUCUUCCAGAAGACCCAGUUUUAAUUAAAGAACAUGCUUAUUAUGAUUCUAAAAAUUUACUCAACGUAUUACCAAAGGCUUUCACUCCUGAAUUCGAGCCAAUCUCAAAAAACGGCUUAGGCCAUUUCAAUUAUUUAUUUUAUUAUAGUAAUAAUAAUGGUCCUGAUGUAUUAAACCCUUCAAGUAACUCACACCAUUUACUCCCUAUUUUAAAAAUCCUAUUCUUUUCAUCUAUCUUCUUAAUCUUUAUCUCUUUUACUAUUUAUAAGUUAAUUAAUAACAGAUCAAUCUCAUUUUUAAAAUUAAAAUCCUCCUUUAAAUCUAAAAAACCUUCAAAUCUUUUUUUAUUAAAUAAAAACGCCAAAAAGAAUUAUUAUAAUAAAAGCACCACCAAUACUGUCAACAACAAAUCAAUCUUAAAGACUCCCUUUCAAUCAAGAUUUUAUGAAUCCUUUAAUGAAUUCGAUAAUAAUAGUGAUAACGAUAACGAUAACAUAAAUUACUCGGAAAAUUUCACUGAGAACUAUAACCAAAACAAAUUUCGUCUCAACAACAUCUUAUCUCUCAAUUCACCUUCUAAUAUCUCUUCAAAUUUAGAUCUAGAAAAAGAUAUAUCUCUAGACUACCCCCCUUAUAUCUCUUCUCAUCCAAUCUCAACCUCUUCAAGAAUCCCUUCCUUAUCUCAAUCAAAAACUAAUAUCGAUGUCGAUGUCGAUGUUGAUGUCGAUGUCGAUAUCGAAAACCAAUUCCAAAAUGAUACCAAUUCUAUUAAUGACCUACAUGACUUACCUUCUUUAACUAACACUCCCAUCAAAUACUCUUUUAAAUCAAACCACAACCCUUCAUCAAGUAUUUCCUCGGAUUUCAUUUCAAAUGACUUAAUCACACCAAGAAACUCUGUCUUAUUCUUAAACAAUAUUCAAAAUUUUCUUCCUUCAUCUGAUCCUAAAAAUUUCAACUUAUCAAACAUUUCAAACAUUUCCAAUAUUUCAAACAUUUCUAACAUUUCUAACAACGAUGAUAUUUCAAAUUUAAUUAGAGAUUAUUAA